CUUCGCCAGGAGUGCUACACAAGCUGCUGGACGGUUUCAGGCAGAUGGCGCCUGUGCUGCAGCCGGCCACGCGAUUGGAGCUUCUAAAUGAGAGGCUAAACAUGGAGAUGCCGAGCAAGUCGAGAACAGGAACGCCGGCAAGUUCGCAGGGGAACAGGAAUGUACCACCCAAGACGCUCAAGUCGGCCCAGCCCUGUGAGUUCGUUCAAGCGAAUACGCAUAAUUCCACGAGGGAGGAUUGUUGGGACCAAGCCUGCUUACCCCACGUACUGUUACCCCCACAAUACUGUUGUCUUAACCUUCCCAUCGCUCUCUUCACCCUCCUCUCACUGAGGCAUCGAACUGCUUCUGCUUGUAGCUUGUUUUCUUGUCUUCUUAGAUGGUCUCCAAUCUUUGUGUAGCACAUGCUUCACGUCCUGGCACUUGGUCCAGCCGGCACUGCUUCUCCUCGGUCUCAGUCCAUCAAGAGGGCGAGCCAGAAUCGCAUUACAGUACAGCUCCUGAACCUGGCUCUCCCACAGACGAGGAUGACGACGACUUCGUUACCCCCCCUCCUUCGCCAACGCUAUCCUCCAGAUCUGCGCAAAGGCGCUUACAGCCUGCCGAUGAGCCCUCAAAUGCUGGUCCAUCCAAACAUCCCUCGCCCCCUCUGUUCAAGAAGCCUUCUCUUGACAUGGCACGCUCCUUCCAGGCGGCUUCCCUUCAGUCCUCCUUCACGAGGUCGUUCAAUACAAUGUGGUCAUCGCAGGAGACGCGACCAGAUACCGCAAACACAUCUCUGAACACAUCCUUCACAUCUGAUGCAUGUGAAGCGGAAGUUCAGUAUCCCCGGUUGACUCGGACAAGUUCUACCACGAUGGGUUCCCUCAGCGAUACAGACUUGUUGAACGUGUCUUCUAAACUCGAAAGAGACACAACAAAGCCUGAGAAGGAACUUAGCCAAGAGCUAGCACGGGAGAGCUCGUCUACGUUCGGCUCAGUAGAUGAGGAUGGCUUGAUCGAGACAUCCUUCAGAGUGGAGGCGGAAGAUCCGAUCCCCCGUCUGCCUCCCCUCAGGCCACCAGUGUCACCAGGUGGGCCUACUGUUCGAGCCGACAGCGCAAGAGGCACCCCAUCGCCCGGCAAGAAUGUCACACGUAUUCAGGAUCCCAUGGCUGGACCUUCCAAAGCUAGACCCUCAGCAGCUCACAGCCUUGGCGCGAACCUGUCUCCCAUUCAAACGCUCCCACAGCCAAUUAUUCCACCUGCUGGUGCAUCGUCGGCAAGGUUCGUUCCGCACUCUCCUCAAACGCCGCCCGCAAAUGUUUCUCCCUCAAAGUUGCUCCACUAUAUACGAGACAUACCAAAGCAGAACCUGUUUGUGGACGAGCUUCCUGAUGAACUAAAGGUGUUCCCGUACUUCAUACUCUUCAUCUGUUGCCGCAUCGCCGUUGACAAAGGCAUUCCGAUGCGCGAACUAAUGCGCGGAAUGGAUGCCGCUCAAGUACGUUCCGAGCCCGCGGCUUUUUGGGAUGCAAUCCAGAGCCAUCCAAACGCCGCGAACGGGUUGAUACAUGAUCCACCAAAACUGUGGGCCGCUGCAAGAAGAGAGUUUGAGGGAUAUACGUUCAAAGGACGACUUUGCUUCAACAGAUCCGGCUCUACAUUCAGGCUGGAGCUUCUUCCUGUCCAGCCCGAAAGGUCCUGCCGAUUUCAGCGGAAGUUCGGCGCUCACCGCUUCCUUUAUCUGGAUCUGCCUCCUUUCGAAACUGGGGAGAAGGUGAAACCUUCGCGUUUUACUGGUGCUGAAAUGAGGCAAAUCCAGCAGCAAUGGAAAGUGUGGUUUGAGAGGGAACACUCUUUCCUGGGUCGCAAAUGGAGGGCAUUCCACAUCGAACCCAUAAAGAAGAAGGCGGGUCGGUCGAAAGACGACAGCUCGAACAAACGAAUGAUUAUGUUCGCUACCGAAGGCAUUGGGAUUGAUAAGCGCAUGUCCAUCGGGGAGGUUAUCGACUGGUUCUUUCCGUUUGCGGAGAACACAAAUCAACCCUUCUGUAAGGCGUACGCACGCCUGGAUCUUGGCCUGUCAAGGACCAUACCAACGUUGCCCUUCAAGCCUUCGCAGAUACGUUACGUUGAUGAUAUUACAGCAGACGGCGUUCCGGAGGACUCCCAGUACAACGACACGACCCUAUCAUGGGACGAGAAGUGCGUAGACCAACCAGUCAUGAAUGACGGAUGCUCGUUGAUAUCUGUUGGCGCAGCCUCGGAGAUCUGGAAGAAGUAUAGGAAAGCCACGGACACGAAUGAUCCAAUUCCAAGUGCUUUUCAAGCACGCAUUGGAGGUGCGAAAGGCGUAUGGAUGGUUUGUGGCGAGCCCUCUUCUGACGAUCCAGCCCAGCUCGAAAUAUGGAUUCAAAUCACUGCGGGCCAACUGAAAUUUCAGCCGCACAACGAAGACCUGUAUGACGAGACCCCAUACGACGAACAUCGCCUGACCUUCGAGUAUGUCAAUCACAGCUUGAGUCCUAGGUCCUCAGAGCUUCACAUCUCCUUCAUCCCUAUCAUGGUCGACAGAGGAGUGCCUAGAGCUUGUAUUCGGAGUAUCAUGCUUGACCGCCUUGACGCAGAAAGGGAACAGUUACUCCAAAUUCUUCCGGACCCAGUGAAGAUGUAUCACUGGGUCCACAACCAGGCUUCGGCGGCUUCAGCGGCUUCAGAUGCUGAGAAUCCCCGCUGGCAGGCGGCUAUGCCCCACUCGUUACCUGACAAGAUCAAGCUGUUGCUCGAAAGCGGUUUCUACCCGGACCAGGAGCCGUACCUGUCGAACACCCUCUAUCGCUUUAUCAAGCAAAGACAAGUCUGGAUGGAGCAAAAACUGAGGGUACCACUCGGCAAAGCAGCUAACCUUCUCGGCGUUGCAGACCCUCUUGGAGUCUUGGCCCCCGGCGAAGUCCAUGUGGAUUUUUCGUCUCCGUUCGUCGAUGAAUUCACAGGCAGUACCUACCGCGCGCUCAACAACGUGGAUGUCCUAGUCGCUCGCCAGCCGGCUUGUCGACGUUCAGAUAUACAAAGGGCGCGCGCUGUCAAGCAUCCCGAAUUAGCGCACCUAGUCGACCUCGUUGUAUUUCCGACGCGAGGGGAAUACCCAAUGGCCGGGAAACUCCAAGGUGGUGAUUACGACGGCGACAUCUUCUGGCUGUGUUGGGAAUCUGCCCUUGUAGAGCCAUUCAAGAACGCUCCAGCUCCGCUGCAAUCUUUGGAUCCGACGAAGUACGGGAUCAGAACGGACAAACGAAAGCUACACGAAGUAAUGAAGCCUCAUGACUUGUCGACUGUUGACGACCUCUUAAGGGAGGUGUUAGAAUUCCGCAUGACACCCUCUUUGCUCGGCAUGGUGACCAAUUUUCUUGAGAAACAAGCCUACAAAGAAAAUAGGAUCUACUCCGACCGGCUCACCGCUCUAUGCGACAUGCAUGACCUGCUUGUCGACGCACCGAAACAGGGAUAUCUCUUCAAUGAGAGGGACUACCGUAAUUUCACUCAAUUCACCCUUUGCUGCGGCAAGCCCAAAGAUCCAGCUUACAAGCAAGCAAUGACAGAGUGUGAAAGGGCCAAAGAGCUGGGCGAAGCCGACAAGAUUAGAGAGAAGGACUACAGGCAUAAGAAAGAGAAUGUUCUCGACUUCCUUUACUUUGAGGUUGUGCGCACGCACGAUGUCGCGACUCUCAAGAGCGUCUCCGAAGCAUUCCCGAAAGACGCCGGUGACGAUCCUGCAGUUCAGUUUCCGUAUGUCCGACUUCGGGACAGUCGAAAUAUUGUCAUACAAGGAGAAAUGGCAGCUCUUACCGCCAGCCUGACGGCUCUGUCGAAUAAAUGGGCCCGCGACCUUCGAGCCAAGCAGACUCUUACUUCCGACCAUUACAACCACGUGGUGGACAGCUGCUACCACGCGUUCCGAGCCUUAGUCCCCACUGACAUCAAUCUCAAUCAUCCUGACGUCAAACCAUGGUUAGAGCCAUACUUGUAUCCGCGUUUUAGUCUCUGGGAGACCAUUCGUGCCUCAGCGUUGUACACCGUUUGCCCGACGAAGCAUGCGUUCGUGUGGCACAUGGCGGGUAGAGAGCUUUGCCGUUUGAAGUGCAUCCAGCUGCCGGGCGCAAAGUUCGUCACAGGAAAUAUAUUCGGCAACCUCAAGCCUAAGCCGAUCAAGGUGCCGAAACCAGAGGAUGAUGAGGAGAGCGAGGAUGAGUCUCAAGUGCUUAUGGAGCAGGCCUAGGCCUGAGCAUUCUGGCUUCCUUCACGAUUACCUUAUGGGAGGUAAUAUCUCAUGUCCUCGUCUCGAUGGUCAACACAUGCGAACAAGUACAUGACUCUGGAAAGCAUCCGCCAUGGUUCCACCCCAGGCCCAACAUACCCAACCCUUAGAUCCAACUGCCUGAAUGAUUCGAACACUCAUAUGGGCUUUCGUGCGCAGCUUGCUUCACC